UAAAUUAACUACCUUUACCUUUCUAACAUUCAUAAGAGGAGAAAUCUCUUCUUCCUCUCUAAUUUACAUCUCCAUUGUUGCAUAGAAACUCUCUGAGCUUCUUGGAGAGAUAAAUAUUUUUUUUAAAGAGAGGAAGAAAUCAAUUAUGAGGGAGAUAAUAAGCAUACAUAUUGGACAGGCAGGAAUUCAGGUCGGGAAUUCUUGUUGGGAACUUUAUUGUCUUGAACAUGGAAUACAGCCUGAUGGAACGAUGCCUAGUGACACCUCAAUCGGAGUGGAACAUGAUUCUUUCAAUACCUUCUUCAGCGAAACUAGAGCAGGAAAGCAUGUGCCAAGAGCUAUAUUUGUUGAUCUCGAACCCUCUGUCAUUGAUGAAGUCAGAAGUGGGACUUACAGACAGCUUUUUCACCCUGAACAACUUAUUUCUGGCAAGGAAGACGCUGCUAAUAACUUUGCCAGGGGACAUUAUACAGUGGGAAGGGAAAUUGUUGAUCUAUGCCUGGACCGUGUGAGGAAAUUGGCAGACAAUUGCACUGGUUUGCAAGGAUUUUUGGUAUUUAGUGCUGUUGGUGGUGGCACUGGUUCUGGUUUGGGCUCGCUGCUUUUGGAACGAUUGUCUGUAGAUUAUGGAAAGAAGUCAAAACUUGGCUUCACCAUCUAUCCUUCUCCUCAGGUUUCUACUGCUGUCGUGGAACCUUACAACAGUGUUCUCUCCACUCACUCUCUCCUUGAACACACAGAUGUUGCUGUGCUUUUGGACAAUGAAGCUAUUUAUGACAUCUGCAGGAGAUCUUUAGACAUUGAAAGACCAACAUACACCAAUUUGAAUCGUUUGAUUUCCCAAAUUAUCUCAUCUUUGACAACUUCCUUGAGGUUUGAUGGGGCCAUUAAUGUGGACAUCACAGAGUUUCAAACUAAUCUCGUUCCAUAUCCACGCAUCCAUUUCAUGCUUUCAUCUUAUGCUCCAGUAAUCUCAGCUGCCAAGGCUUAUCAUGAGCAGAUUUCAGUUCCUGAGAUCACAAGUGCUGUGUUUGAACCCUCAAGUAUGAUGGCCAAAUGUGAUCCAAGGCAUGGAAAAUACAUGGCUUGCUGUCUCAUGUAUCGUGGAGAUGUUGUACCAAAGGAUGUUAAUUCUGCCGUUUCCACCAUUAAGACAAAGAGGACAGUUCAAUUUGUUGACUGGUGCCCAACUGGUUUCAAGUGCGGUAUCAACUACCAACCACCAACAGUGGUACCUGGAGGUGAUCUUGCUAAAGUGCAGCGUGCAGUUUGCAUGAUAAGCAACAACACAGCAGUAGCUGAGGUCUUCUCCAGAAUUGACCACAAGUUUGAUCUCAUGUACUCCAAGCGAGCAUUUGUCCACUGGUAUGUGGGCGAAGGCAUGGAGGAAGGUGAAUUCUCAGAAGCUCGUGAAGAUCUUGCUGCCCUUGAGAAAGAUUACGAGGAAGUUGGAGCAGAAGGUGGUGAUGAGGAGGGUGAGGACGAAGAUUACUGAGAUAAUAUUUUGCAAGGAAACAGCAGUUGUAUGUUUAUCUCUUAUCAUUCAUGUGCGUUUGUCUAGAGGUGUACUAUCAUCAUUAUUUUCAUGUCAGUGAUCUGUGAAUUGUCUGUCCAUUAUGUGUUAUUUCUUUUCUUGUUGAUUGUUUGCACUAUCUCAAAGAAUGUAUCGUUCUCAUUUUUUGAAAUGAAACAUAUGCUAUCUAUAAAGCCACCUGCUAUUAAUUUA